AGGGAGGAGGAAGGAGAAGGAGGUUACUUGGUAGACGGCUAAGAAAAAUCAUUUAAUUACAGAUAAGGUCAGAGAGAAGGAGAGCACGAGACAAAGGGAAGAAAUGGAGUUCAGAGCGAAGGUGACAGUAAAGAAAGAGACACUGGAGAAGUUGAUAAGGGAUCAAACAAAUGAAAUAUUGAGAGGACUGAAGGAAGAAAUAAAGGAUCAGAGAAAGGAGAUUGAAAGCCUGAGAAGAAAAGUACGCAGACUGGAACAGAGUACGGGGAAAAAGAAGAGAGACGAGAGCGCAGAGAGCAGGGGCAGGCUAGAGGAAAGGAAGUGGUGGUCCGACGACGAUGAGAGGAAUGAUGACGAGAGAAGGAGGAAGAACAUAAUAAUAAGGAUAGAGAAGAACAGAUGGACGGGAAAGGGAACGAACUGGGAGAAGGUGAGGCAGCUGUUCUCUGAGGACCUGAAGAUAAAGGUAGAAAUGAAGGAAGCAAGCGUGAUAGGGCUGAGAAGAGAAUGGCUGACGAUGCUGGUGAGGUUGGGAAGCGAGGAGGAAAAAUGGAGGGUGUUAGACGCAAGGAGGAGGGUAGGGAGCAGACUAAAAGUUAAUAUGGACGAGGAUAAAUUUAUAGAGAGAAGAAUCAGAGAAGAAGAAAAAGAGAAAGGAAAGGAGGGAAGAAGAUGGCGAGAAACCAAAAGAACCUGAGGAUGAGGAGAUAGCAAGCAUGCUUGAGGAGAGCCUAUUGAUGGAGACAGACGAGGAGAAAGGAAAAACAAAGGCCGAUUAAGAAGAAGGAAGUAACAAACAGCAGGAGGAGGAGACCAGGGGAGAAUACGGCAGGAUCGAAUGACAAAGUUUCUGGAAACGAAGAGCCAUCUGGUUAAUGCGAGAGGCGACCUAACCAGCGGCUGUGGCCGGGUUACCCCGCUAUGAGAGGUGGCUCACCGCUGAGCGGCAACCCCAAUAUUCCGAACGUACAGCAGAUACGCACCGUGUCAAAUGCGACGGCACCCCGGUGCAAGCAUCAUGCGCCGCUGAGAAGUCAAGUAACAAUCCGGAAGAGAGGCGACACAAGGCCCCCCGGGGCGAGCUGUGACAACAGGAGUGACCGAAACACGCAAGAGUCGCGUGCUCAGCCGCAGCGGCUGCACACCAUCGCUCGCGCUUACGGGGUGUGCGGGAACGCGGAGGCGCCGCAGAACCGCAUGCAGUACGGUAACGGCGAGAAAAUAAGCGAAAAUGGUGACCUGAGCCUCAGCAUGAACCGGGAGGACGAUUCGUCGAGUCUAAUUAUGGGCCGUGCUCAGAGGAACCAGGCUGCGCGAUGUGUCAAGCGUCACGAUCCCCGAAUUGCGUCGGUCUCUGUUUAAAGAGUAAAGUAAAGCGUGAAGAGAUUGUGUAUGUGUAGACAUCUGUGAGCAUUGUUGAGUGGCGAUACGGUAGAGUGAUCAUAGAUGGCGGUGGUGUUAUUGUUCCUGUAAGGAGCAGCAUAUCUGUCUCCCUUCCGAUUGGUCAGCCCCCUCUCCUGCGCUAGCAAGAGGGUUGAGAGCUACGAGGUUGGCAGAACUGAGUCUCGACGACCGUUAGAAUUGUACUGACUCUCGUGGCUGUUGCGUGGUCUGCAAUAAAGUAUUAUUUUAUCAGCAGUAAUCGAGUGUGCAAUUAUUCCUCGAUACCUCUCGUCAAGACGUCGGUAGUAGGCCGACACCCGGAGGCAUAAUCGACCUCCUGUGGUACCUCCUACAUUCCCUAGCUUAAUUUUAAUGUUAUGUGUUUGCGCGCGCUGCGCCGACCGCGCUGCGCCCCAGCGCCGGAACACGGUACGGAGAAACGAUACCGCGCAGGCGUGGGCGUGUCGGGACGGGCGUGCAGCCCGCCGAGCGAGCAUUCGUCUUCCGGCUACCGAAGCGUGCAGUCGCGUCUGAAUAAUUCUGUCGUGCUCGAAUAUUCUAAAAGUUGAUACGCGAUUGUAAUCCGCCAGACUUCUGGGUCUGAGAACGAAAGCAGACAGGUAUCGUUACUAUCGAAGGAGGCUUUUUGCAACCCUGAUUAGAGGAAAGAGGUUAUCGAACGUGCCUCGGGUAGAGCCUAAUGAAGGAAGGACGAACUUCGCCAUUACGUCGUAACCACGUUAACGAAGGACGAAACGGCCAUCUUGGCCAUUGGAGAAUGCCCUCAGAGGCUUGGUCAAGAAGACCAUUAUUAUCCAGAAACAACCACGGCAGUUGCUUUCAGUGUUCGAGAAAGCACGAGGCGACGAACUAUGUCCUCGCAGAAAGGCUACGUAGCCACUUGUAAAUAUUCCGGAAUUAGAUAUCUAACUGAACUCAGUAUAAAUUACGUUCAUUUCGAGUGGUUGCAACCCGCGAGUAAACUCAUUUAUUCUCGAUGUAUAGUAAUUUACACUUGCAUUAUAGAUACAUAUGACAGAGAGUGAAACGUGAUUUGGAUAUUCACGUGUAUUCGGUAUUAUAUUUGCGUAUAUUGUGAUUCGAACUCGUGGCUAU